AUGUACUCUACCAUCCCUUAUACGAUCGCCAAGAUGAUGGUUGAGUUCCCAUUAUCUCUUCUCGACUCCAUUGUACAAGUCCUCAUUGCGUACUAUAUGAUGAACUUUCAAGGCAGCAUAUUCUAUUGGUUCCUCAUAUCGUGGGUUAUGAAUGUUUCUUCGGUCUCCUUAGCACAGAUGGUAGGAGCCGCUGUCAAUUCGGGUGCCCAAGCCAUUCAGUUGAUCCCCUUGCUUUUUGUUCCACAGACGGUCUUUUCUGGGUUGUUCACUAGCAUCAGUAAUAUCCCAGUCUGGCUACGAUGGGUUCAAUGGCUGUGUGCUUUGAAGUAUGGUGUCAAUUUAGCCUUCUUUACCGAAUUCGGUUUUGAUUACACCCGACUAGCCGAAAUCAAUGAUUCCAAGUCUGAUCUGGUCGGGCUUGAUAUUGGUGUUCUGCUGGGACUCAUUGUUGUUCUCCGUAUUGGCACCAAUAUCGUUCUGAAGAGAAAGGCUAGGUACGUCUUCUAA